CACGGGCGUUCGGUACUGAUUUGUGGGAUAGCUCAAUCGUACUAUGGAUAAACUGUUCUACCACAUCCAGGCUUCAUUCUCCAAUCACUUUCUAUAACACGAUCGUGCGCCGCAUUCCAGCACCCCCCUCGAAAUUGCGCACCUUGACGCAAAAGGACAUUCGGAAAUGUCAGACUCGGAGCGCGAAAACGUGCUAGCAGCAAUUCAGGGCAGUGGCCUGGGCCCACGCAGACAACCUAUAUCAAUGGCGGAGCUAGAACAGCCUCUCCAGUCUGCUGGCGCACAAGGUCGAUCCGCACGACAAUACGAGGAGGUGAGCGAUGCUCAGUUACAAGGUCUCGAGUCUCGCGUGCAGACAAUAGACGUGGCUGCCCUGACACCGCCAGCAACGAGUCGUUCGCAAUCGCCUACGACUGCAUCCGGUCCGACGAUUGACUUUGACGGCCUGUCAUUUCCGAGUGUGGGUGCACUUGGCCGUCUGCAAGAUCGCGAGGAUCCAGAACAAGCAAAAGCGAGGCUUCAAAAGCUGUCGGGCGCAGUGCGCACAAUACUAGAAUGCAUCGGCGAGGACCCAGACCGCGAAGGCUUACACGGCACGCCGGAGCGUUAUGCAAAGGCCAUGAUGUUUUUCACGAAAGGCUACGAAGAGAACUUGAGGGACAUUGUCAAUGGCGCUAUCUUUCAUGAGAAUCACGAUGAGCUGGUGAUCGUGAAAGACAUUGAGAUCUACUCGUUGUGCGAGCAUCAUUUAGUGCCCUUUACUGGAAAGGUCCACAUCGGAUACAUACCUUCGAAUCGGGUCAUCGGUCUAUCGAAAUUGGCCCGCAUCGCCGAGAUGUUCAGUCGCCGGCUGCAGGUCCAGGAGCGCUUAACAAAGCAGAUUGCCAUAGCAUUGCGAGACGUCCUCAGUCCUCAAGGCGUGGGGGUGGUCAUGGAAUGUACGCACAUGUGCAUGUGCUCGCGAGGCGUUCAAAAGUCUGGGGCAUUGACAAUCACCAGCUGCAUGCUUGGAGCCAUGAGAAAGCGCGCCAAGACGAGGGAAGAAUUCCUCAGCCUGAUCAAAGGGUAGACAGGCCCGCACCGAUAUUGUUUUCUGGCUGGGAGACGGGGGGAGGUAGUUUGAUUGCUCUGUCGCGGGUUUGAACACGCAGGGUUUUUGAUGGGCAUUAUGGCAUGGCAACGGCGUUCGACGAGAGAUGGGCAUGGCCAGGUCUCACUCUAGUGGAGAGGUUGCUUCAACAGGCCUUCCAGUGAUACCAGCGCUCAACGCAGCGUAAGUUUUGUGUUUUUGAUAUCUAGAAAGACCAAUAUGGGAGAGUUUCGCGACAGCGUUCACGACUGCUUUGGCUGCCUCGGAGCCUUCCACUACUGACGUGCCUGCCUAAUU